CUCAUAUUUUCCCCUGCACUCUGGGAAAAUCCACGUCCAGCCCAAUCCGAGCCUUAUAAAAGGUACCUGGGUCUAGACCUGAUUUGUCUGCACUGAGCGAAUCUGAGAGCUCUGCAAUCAUGAAGCUUAUUCUUGCUGUGCUGGUGCUGGUUUUCCUGGUUGAGACCCAGGCGCAAUGGUACCGCUUUCCAGGACAAGCCGCUGGAGGUGCAAAGGACAUGUGGCGUGCUUAUCGGGAUAUGAGGCAGGCCAACUGGAAAAACUCAGACAAGUAUUUCCAUGCACGUGGGAACUAUGAUGCUGCAAAAAGGGGCCCAGGAGGCAGAUGGGCAGCCAAAGUGAUCAGUGAUGGAAGAGAGUUUGUGCAGGGAAUCACUCGCCGCGGUAAUUCUGAUGCUGCUGCUGACCAGGAAGCCAAUCGCUGGGGACGUAAUGGUGGUGACCCCAACCGCUACAGACCGAAAGGGCUUCCCAAUAAGUACUGAAAAAAAGACCACCGUCAUUGGUCAGUGCAACAGAAACUGACUUCAAUUAUUUUUACUGUUAAACUGCUUAAUUCAUUCAUUUUGUAUUCAUGUCUUUAUAAAUCUGCAUUUAUGAGAUAAAAAAAUUAAUCUCUAAGUUUUAGCAUCAUUUAGUUCACACUCUAGUGUCUGAAUAAAGAAAAUAAAUACA